AGAUAUAUAAUUGGGAUCAGAAUUUCAACGAUCGUUUCAGCCGCAGAAAUUGCAAAAGAAACAGAGAGAGUUAGAUCUCAAGAAAUGAAUCAGAACAUGAGCGCGUUCUUGAUCGGAAUGGUGGGGGCUGCCUUUACGUUGGGCGCUUAUUCUCAGCCAUGGAUGACACCAACGCAAAGCAUCACUACGGGCCUUAUAACUCUUAUGUUUGGUCUCCUCGUCCGUGAAGGUUUCAUCUCCCUUUAGAAUUUCACUAUUUCCCCUUGUUAUUAUUAUUAACAAAUAUCUCUAUCUUUAAAUUUUCAUUUAUGGUUAUGACCAUCAUCUGUUGCUGAGACUCUGAGGUCUUUCUUUCCAGUUCUGAGUUUGUAUUUCCUUUUUUAUAAUACUAAAAUCAUUUUACACAAUACUAUAUAUGUUUGAAUUAUUACUA